GUUUGGAUUAUGUACUCGUAUUUUAUGCUCUCAGCUAUUUUUGGAGCAACAGCAUGUGAAUGUGGUCGGCCAUUGUUGACAGCUUGUGGCAUGGAACUGGAUGCGCUGCUAUCUAUGGGACAUGGAGGAGUGACUGCAUGCGUUGCAAUACUUUUGUAACGUCUGUCGACUCCUUGGGCAAAUAUAGCCCCCUCGGUCACGCCCCGCGGUCGGCGAUGUGCAUUAAGCGGCAUUUGCCGUGGCUGCAAUUCAAUUUGGCAUAUUUGCCAAGGGUCAAUAUGAUUAGGGCUGAUGAGCUGCGAUUGGAUCGAAGUGUUCGACCAACUAACUAUAAAUGGAGCUUGCGUGCCGAGCCGUGCAGUUAGUUGCAACAUGAGAUUCCACGCGGAUAGAAAAGUGCAACGGCUCCAUCUAGCGGCCAGUAGACAGCAACACAACCACAAGCAGAGUCACAGCCACAGUGAUGACUCCAUUGAUGAGGAGCAAACCAUGUGCAGCCGCGAAGCAGCCAAGAAGAGCAUUAAGUAUUAUCUGCGGAACAGCUCGUUGCAUGGCCUCAAGUAUAUAGCCGAAGAGAGCAUCACCAUACCAGAGCGUGUUUUCUUUGGCAUAUCCUUUGUGCUGGUCGUCAUUCUGUCGGGCUUCUUCAUAUCGAACAUUUACAUCAAGUGGAGCGCCUCGCCCAUCAUCAUCUCGACGAGCGCCAAGCAGCAGCUGACGAGCAACAUUCCCUUUCCGGCUAUAACCAUAUGCAAUCUCAAUCAGGCGCUGCGAAGUCGGGUUCAGCGCAUUUCCAGCACCAGCAAAAACUAUUCGUUGCUCAUGAACCUGUGCAGCAGGGAUUAUGACCAGACCAUCACGUACAUUGGCACCUGGACCUACUUUAAGGCGCUGCUGGUGGAGGUGGCUCAGCCAUGCGAUCAGAUGCUGCUCCACUGCAGUUUCGGCGCACGCAAGGAGAUCUGCUCCACGAUUUUCAAUUCAAUAUUGACCGACGACGGGCUCUGCUGCACGUUCAAUGCGCUGGAUCCCAUCUAUUUGUUUCGCAACUAUACGGACGACGUGCGCAUCGAGCCGGCGACAGAGAAUUCAAUAUUCAAGGCCAUCAACUGGACUCCAGAGUCAGGCUAUGCCAAGAACCUGCCAGAAUUCUAUUAUCCCCGAACAUCUGGCGGCACGGGCAGCCGCAUGGGACUGACCGUCGUCUUGAAUGCCUCGACCGAAGAAUAUUACUGCACCAAGUCCAUGGGCAAUGGGUUCAAGGUGCUAGUGCAUAAUCCCGCAGAGCUGCCCAAGGUGAGCAACUAUGGGUUUGUGGUCAGUGCUGGGCGGGAGGCACGCAUACCCAUCGAGCCGGUCUACGAGGAUGCCACGCCCAGCAUACGGUCGAUCAAGAAGGCGGUGCGGCGCUGCCUCUUCUCGGAUGAGAACGAUCUGUCCUACUAUCGCACCUACUCGCGCAAGAACUGUGAGCUGGAGUGCGAGGCGAAGCUGCUGCUGCGCGAAUGCAGCUGUGUGCUCUACUAUUUGCCCAGGAUUGAUCCGGCCGCCCGUGUCUGUGGGCCCAAUGACAACAAUUGCACGAAUCGGGUGCAGACGGAGAUCGAGUCGUCGAAGACGAAUCUGUCCUGUGAGAACUGUUGGCCGGGCUGCUUUGAGCUCACCUACAAGUCGGUAAUGAGCAGCUCAACGAUUGUCGCCGGUCCCAGCUAUCAGAACGGGGAACAGCUGCCGGAGCAUCUCUUCAACACCAGCCGCACCGGCGAGGUCAACGAGCUGGCCAUACUCCACUUCUACUAUCUGACCAAUAACUUUCGCAGCACAACCAAAUCUGAGAUGUUUGGCUUCACCGAGUUUCUGUCCAAUACGGGUGGUCUGCUCGGCCUGUUCAUGGGCUUCAGCAUCUUCUCCGUGAUCGAGAUCGUCUACUAUGUGACAAUGCGUCCCUUCUGCGCCUCUCGGACGCUACACGAGCGACGGCGGCGCAGGCAGGCGGAGCUGCUGUGGCUGACGCCGGUGCAUCAGAGGCGACGCAUCAACGUGCAACGUCCGCCGCCGUACAGCCAGCUGGGCAAAGCGAAGGCUGUCGAUGGCUCAAAGAUGAAGCAAACUCUGUGGCAGACGCUGCGCGCUGGCCGCGAUCCGAUCGUCUAUCCCUAUUUGGAUUAGGAUGUUGUUUUCUGCACGCUUUAUGGCCCUUCGAGUGCAGCGGACGUGGCCGCAAGCUGAAUAAAUAAACCAAGGCACACAUUGGCUGUGGGGCCAAUGAACGUGCCCGAGGGGCACUGGGCCAUGGGGCGGGCCAUGGGGCGAGCCAUGGGGCGAGCCAUGGGGCUUACCGGAAGCGCUGCGCCCCAUGCUGAGCAUUUCAAGUUGGCUAUCAAAUGGCGCUAAUCGCUAAUCGCUAACCGCUAAUCACCACGCGACUUCAAUUUCAAUUUCAAUUUCAACAACAACAUUUUAAAAUCAAAAAAGUUUCUCUAGACCAGCAAUUUGCUGGCUUAGCUGACUUUGUCA